ACGACCCACGCGAAAUCACGCAUCAAGCCGUCAAGAACUUCGUACACUGUGCAGAACCCACCUACUGUAGAAUUAAAACCUGGAACACCGGCCCUUACUUAACAAAGAAAAGCCCUCGAGUCUUGAGAACAUUUCAAGCAUUUCUCUCUUGCAAGAAAAAGAAAAAACACAGAUAGACCAAGAAUGCCAUCAGAAAUAAGCCAGACACACCCAAACGAAGCCCAAAACACCAUGGGGACUGCACCCCCACCACCAAAAACGACUGAGCCGCUGCCCUGUCCAAGGUGUAACUCCACCAUCACCAAGUUUUGCUACUUCAACAACUAUAACCUCUCUCAACCUCGCUAUUUCUGCAAGUCAUGCCGACGUUACUGGACAAAAGGUGGGACCCUCCGUGAUGUGCCUGUUGGUGGUGGUUCACGCAAGAACUCAAAGCGCUCUCGCUCAUCUUCUAAUAAUUCUUCACCAUCUACCUCAUCUUCCAACUCCACUGCCUCAAAUCCUGCAACUUUGACUCCUUUUACCGCCAUCCAUGAGCCCGAAUCAAUACCCGUGGCUGUAUCCUCGACUACAGACUCUGGUGCAGCUGCUGUGAAGACUGAGAUGCCAGCGGGCAUAAAUCUGAACGAGGGGUUGGCUGAAAAUGGAAACUUCAUCUCGCUUAUAAGCUCUAAUGAUCAACAUGGGUUCAAUGGUCUUGGCGGGUACGGUUACGGAUCAGGAUUUGGACUGGGGCCUUGUGAAGAGGGUCUUGGAUUUGGUGCAAGAGGGUUUUGGUCCUUUCCUGGAAUGGAAAAUGUUUCUGUUAAUGGUGGAACCAUAGGGGGUUGUACUUCUGGGUGCAAUACUUGGCAGCUGCAGGGUGAUCAUGUUGAAGGAGGGGGUAGUCAAGGUGGGUUUGCAGCUGAUGGUGAGAAUUACUUUGGUUCUUGGCCUGGUCUUGUUAUUUCUGCACCAGCAGAGAAAGGUUUGAACUGAUUGCUGGUUUGAUGUCUUGGGGUUUCUUUUUUUGUUUUUUUUUUUACCGAGCAAGACCGUAUAGACUAUAGGGUUAAGGUGUUGAAGAAGAAUCAGUUCAAAGUGUACCUCUUGGGUAGUGCUUUCUUCUUAUUAACGGCUUUGUAAAGCUUUUGGGUUCUUUAUUGAAGAAAAUAGAGAAAUUUUUCUUUUUUUAAA